AGUAUCAUAUCUACAAGGAGGGAGUAACUGUGGUUUGUCACCUUUUUCCAGUUCUAUAAUAAACACUCAAAGAGACGUGAAACAAUUGCCACAAGCGAGUCCAACCAUGAGCAGUUUAAGAUGUAUAACUAAACACCCAACAAUUUCCCUGGUUGAAUCAUGUAGUGGCCUCCAGGAGAUCAGGCAGAUCCAUACCCAAUUGCUCAUUAACGGUCUUCUUAACGACCCUUUCUUCUUUGCCCAGUUUCUUGCUUCAAUAGCUCUUCACCACCCACAGAAUGUGGGUUAUUCCCAACAACUCCUUGACCAGUCCCAUAAUCCUACUGUCUUCGCCCUCAACUCCAUGAUCAGAGCCCACUCCAAAGGCCCCAAUCCUGAACGGAGCUUUCACUUCUUCCACCGAAUUCUAAGCUCCAAUCUUUCUCCUGAUAACUACACCUUCACUUUCCUCGUUCGCACUUGUGCACGGGUCUCCUUACCCAAGACUAGCCUAGCUGUUCAUGCUUCUUUGAUAAAGCACGGCUUUGAAUUAGAGCCACAUAUUCAAAGUGGGUUGAUCAAUUCAUAUGCCGAGUUGGGUUUUCUUGAUUCUUCCCGGAGACUGUUUUCAGGAAUUUAUGAGCCGGAUUUGGUGACACGGACAGCAAUGCUUAGUGCUUGCGCCAGGUGUGGUGAGGUUGAUUUUGCACAGAAGCUGUUUGAUGAAAUACCUUAUAGGGACCCCAUUUCUUGGAAUGCAAUGAUUGCAGGGUACGCACAAUGUGGUCGCUCAAGGGAGGCCUUGCACCUGUUCCACUUAAUGCAAAAGGAGGGUGUGGAAGUUAGUGAGGCUACCAUGGUCUCUGUACUAUCAGCAUGUAGCCACUUAGGUGCUUUGGAUCAAGGAAGAUGGGCACAUAUAUAUAUAGAGAGGAAUAGGCUUCGAUUGACUGUGACUCUAGGGACUGCACUCAUAGACAUGUACUCAAAAUGUGGUAACAUGGGUAGAGCCAUGAACGUCUUCUGGGAGAUGAGAGAGAAGAAUGUCUACACAUGGAGUGCCGCUAUUGGUGGGUUGGCAAUGAAUGGUGCUGGUGAGGAGUGUCUCAAGCUUUUUGACCUCAUGAAACAAGAGUGUGUUUUGCCCAAUGAAGUGACCUUCAUUGCAGUUUUAAGGGGUUGUAGUGUUGUUGGAUUGGUUGAGAAAGGUCGCAAGCAUUUUGACUCGAUGAUCCAAGUGUAUGGACUUGAGCCUGAACUUGAGCAUUAUGGGUGCAUGGCUGACUUAUAUGGACGAGCUGGCCACUUAGAUGAUGCUUUUGACUUUAUCAGUAAUAUGCCAAUGAAGCCUCAUGCUGGUGCUUGGGGAGCUUUACUUAAUGCUUGUAGAAUCCAUAGAAAUAUGGAGCUAGGGGAGCUUGCAUUAAGCAAGAUUCUAGAGCUAGAAGAUAAAAAUCAUGGUGCCUAUGUGCAAUUGUCAAACAUGUAUGCAGAUUCUAGAGAUUGGGACCGUGUUAGUAAUGUGAGACAGUUAAUGAAAGCUAAAGGGGUGAGAAAGAUCCCUGGUUGUAGUGUUAUAGAGGUUGGUGGUGAGGUCCAUGAGUUCUUUGUGGGGGACAAAUCACACCUCAGGUAUGGUGAGAUUGAGGUGAUGUUGGGCGAGAUCUCAAGAAGGUUAAGACUGUCAGGUUAUGUAGCUAAUACUAAUCCUGUGCUCUUUGAUAUAGAGGAAGAAGACAAAGAGGAUGCUCUGUGUAGACAUAGUGAGAAGGUUGCAAUUGCUUUUGGUUUGAUCAGUUUGGGUGAAGGAGUUCCUAUAAGGAUUGUGAAAAAUCUAAGGGUUUGCGGGGAUUGCCAUGAUGCUACAAAGAUCAUAUCUAGAGUUUUUAAUAGAGAGAUUAUUGUGAGGGACAGGAAUAGGUUCCAUCAUUUUAAAGAUGGGGAGUGCUCUUGUAAAGGUUUUUGGUGACAAGUUGAAGUAUUCGGUCAACUUAAUUUGCUGAAGUAGUUGGUCUACUUAAUUUGCUGAAAGAUGAUUUCAAGCUUAAUUAACUGAAAGGUGUCCUUACACUUUUCCAGAAUGAGUGUAACUGAAUGGCCAUUCAUAGGUGACUACUUCUUUUAUCCAUUUAUCUAAUGGCAAUAAUGACAGACAGCCAUGGGUCCCAAUUACAAGGUUUAUGAUUCUACAGUUUAGUUUCUUGUUCUAGAAGUAUCUAUGCUCACUCAAAGUUUCUGGGAGAUGAUGAGCCCCAAUACAUCUGAUUUUUCUUUAGAUUCCAACUUCUUAUCAAUGGCAUUCUUCUGUGCAUUGCUUUGAUAUCUUCUGGUAUCUGUUCACUUUAUCAUCUUGGUUAGACGUUUUGAGGAAAUUAUUUGAUUCAAUUCUGUAACACUUUUGUUUCAGAUUUGUUUUAAGAAUCGGGCAGUUCAAAUUUCUUGCUUCUUUAAUGUUUAUCUUGAUGGAUGAUUUAUCAAUAUUUAGAGUUCUGGUUUU